CGCAUGCGCACAGAAACACUGGCCGCCAUUUUGCGCGCCGCUUCAAUCAGUCUUUCUGGUUAAAAAAAAGAAAAGAAAAAGUAAGCCAAAAACGAGACUCGUCAAUGGCGUCGGAGAACGAGGUCGGACUCGUCGCAGAGGCGACAAUACCCCUCAGCGGCGAUGGCGCUGCAGAAAGCCCCGGGGGUGGCGCCGCUGUGGGGACGACGACGGUGCGGCGCCUCAGCGACCUGCGAGUGAUCGAUCUGAGAGCCGAACUGAAGCACCGGGGCCUGGACACCGGUGGGAAUAAGAGCGUCCUUCUCGAGCGGCUUCGGAAGGCAAUUGAGGAAGAAGGAGGAGAUCCUGAUGAAAUUCCAGUGGUGUCUGAAACAACCCUUAAGAAGACUCCCAAAAGAAAUAGCAAAGGACGUAGGCCGGAGGAAGAAGGUGUCGAAGACAAUGGUCUCGAAGAAGAUUUUGGAGAUGGACAGGAGGAUAUUGAAGCAAGUUCGGAUAACUUGCAGGAUGUUGACAUGAUGGAAAUUAGUGUGUUAGAUGAAGCUGAAAUAGAUAACAGCAGUGCAGUAGAGUGCCGAGCAGCUGGCAGUGCCGAUAGUGGGCUCGACUCUCUCUCUGACAGUAAAGGAAAUGCUGGGGCAGGAAGGAAAGAACAUCCACAGCAGCUUGCAGGAUGCCCUGCAGGUGACAUGGAGGCACCUCCACAGUCGCCGGGCAUUAAAGAAGACCCGAGAGAAAUACCAGUAGCUGUGGUCGAAGGUGAAGAUGCUGGAAGCGCCAUGGAGCUGGGAACUUCUGAUUGCACCAGUGCAAAGGAACUGGAAGAAUUUCCUCUGGAAUCAGAAAAUGAGAAAAUGCUCGACAUUUUGGGUGACACUUGUAAAUCUGAGCCCUUUAAAGAAGACACUUCCGAAGCGGAGCAGGCACAGGAAGCGAAAAGCCCGUUGGCGGGCAAAAAGGCAGCGGAGGAAGAGGAAGACGCGAUUGCCACCGCCGCCCCUCUGUCGGAAGAAGACCUUUUAGAUACGAAGAGCCCCUCCGCCCCGGCUGCGGGCGGGAAGGAGGAGGAGGAGGAGGAGGCAAAGCACUUAGUGGUAGCGGCAGGGGAGCCGAGCGAGCAGACAGGCGAGGAAGCCCAGCCGGACUCGGACUCUGUAGCGGUAGAGAGCAGGAGUGGUGGUGGAGGAGGAGGAGGAGAUGUUGAUGAUGAGGGUAGCAAAACAGCAGCCCAGAGUCUGGAAGCCAGUAGUGAGGCCAGUGCGGCCAGCCAAGAGGCCGCGAAGACGGAAGAGAAAGCUCAGUGUGAGGAAGACUCCUCCUCUGCCACUAGAGAGGCCUCUGCCCCAGAGGGUGGUGAUCAGAACACGAGUUCGAAUGUGGAUCCAGAGGCUAAAGGCACUUCGAAGGAUGAGAAGGCCCGUACUAGUAGUAGUUCUGGCAGAAAUCUGUGGGUGAGCGGGCUUUCCUCUUCGACCAGAGCUACGGAUCUGAAGAACCUGUUCAGCAAAUACGGAAAGGUGGUGGGUGCGAAAGUGGUGACCAAUGCCCGCAGCCCUGGGGCUCGCUGUUACGGCUUUGUCACGAUGUCUUCAUCCGAGGAAGCAACCAAGUGCAUCAGCCACCUCCACAGAACGGAGCUGCAUGGGAAAAUGAUCUCUGUGGAAAAAGCCAAAAAUGAACCCGCUGGGAAAAAAACAUCCGUGGACAAGAAAGAAAAUGAAGUGAAGAAAGAAAAGGAGAGACACCAUUCUGUUGACACCAAAUCGGAAAAGCCCCCUGGGGUUAAAAAAGAAGAGAAGGCAGACAAAAAGGAUGAUGCGACUAAGUUGGAAGAGAAAGAUGGCGGAGAGGGAAAAGAAACGCGUGAGAACAAAGCAGGCUCUGUGGACCGUGCACGAUCUGUAAAAUCAGCCAGUCGAGGAGCUGAGCGGAUAGUGGUUAUGGAUAAGUGCAAAGGAGAACCGGUUAUUAGCGUGAAAACGGCAACCACAUCAAAAGAGAGGAGCACAAAGAGCCAGGACCGCAAGUCAGAGAGCAAAGAGAAGCGAGAUAUCUUGUCUUUCGAUAAGAUCAUAGAGCAGAGAGAACGAGAGCGACAGAGGCAGCGGGAGCGAGAGAUCAGAGAGACAGAACGUCGUAGUAGGGACCGUGAGCGGCGGGAGCGGGAGCAGCUGGUCCAGGUGCGGGACGAAAGGCAGCGGCUGGAGCGGGAACGGCAGCGGCUGGAGUUCCAGAGGCAGCGGCUGGAGCGGGAGCGGCUGGAGCGGGAGCGGCUGGAGCGGGAGCGCAUGCACAUCGAGCAGGAGAGGCGGCGGGAGCAAGAGCGCAUCCAGCGCGAGAGGGAGGAGCUGCGGCGGCAGCAGGAUCAGCUGCGCUACGAGCAGGAAAGGCGCUCGACUCUGCGGCGGCCCUACGACCCAGAUGGGAGGCGUGACGACUCGUACUGGCCGGAGACGAAGCGGAUGGCUCUGGAGGACCGAUACCACUCUGACUUUGGCCGACAAGCUCGUUUCCACGGGUUUGACCACCGCGACCGUGGCCGUUACCAGGAUCAUCUAGCGGACAGGAGAGAAAGAGGACUGCCGGAUCGGGAUGGACAGCACUACCCCGACGACCGGCACUCGCGGGGCUCGCGCGACAGCUGGGGCAGUUAUGUGCCAUCCAGACGUGGCGGGUUCGUGCAAAGCGGAGCCCAGAGCCCAACGGUACCGGCAGCCGGUGCGCAAGGUGGCUUCACAGACCAGGACAGACUGAACCGACCCAAUGACACCCGUUUCACUCGGCGCUACUGAAGAUCCUUCUCCCAUUGAACGCGAGAACUUCCAUUUGCCGGGGUCAUCUCCUUGGGCUCUUGUCACGGAAAGAGUUGAGCCGCAGUGUCCUGUUGUAGCUUGCAGAUAAUGUGAACUCUGAUCCCUCCCUCCCUCCCCAUUAUGUUUUUAUUUGGAUACCACUUGUUUGUUUCAGAGGAAGCAUUCCAUUUUCCAUAAAUAAUAAAUCUUUAUUGUACUGCUUCCGCAGCAGUGACACCUCUCCC